AUGCUCACGCUAUUGAAUAAGAAUGGGGAGGAGAUUCGGUAUUGCUAUACUCUUCGGACUAAUAGUAGUUAUUUUUUCAGCGAUCCAGGAAAUCCCUCUGAAGGGUUGUCAACAAGAGGCAUUGACUUUUAUUUCAAAAUCCUUAACAUUUCCUCUGUUGUUGAACAUUUUUUGUCCGUGGGAACUAUUACAGGCAGAAUAUUAGAUAAAGAAUACAAGAAUUUAUUAUCAACAAAUCCAGUAAAAAAACGAUUUGAUCAACAAAUGAAUACGUUCGCGGGCAUACAAAAUGUAUCGGCUCUGAUAUUCUUUAAGAAAACCACCUUGUCCACUUUACCCGACGACAUCUCCACAAUUCUCGGCCUACCUUCUAAUUACCAUAGUACACCUUUCUUUACUACUGUGUCGAAAUACUUUCAAAUGCAUCCAAAUGAUAGCUUUCCCUUUACAGGUCACUUUUAUGUUGCUCCAGGAAGUUUUCUCCACGAAGUGCAAUCUGAAAAACGUUCGUAUACGGUUCUUGGGACUCUGGGAGUGGCUGGUGGUGCUAUUGGUAAGCUAAAAAGUCGAUAUUAA